AUGGGGGUGGGGGACUACAUCCACUCUAAGGAAAUGGGGCAGCCCCGUGCCACUCCUGACUUGGGCCCCUCGCAACACCAGGUACGCGCAGCGCAGCCAAAACCUGAUGUGUCAGGACCUCAACCUAUUGGGCCGGAUGGGAAUGGCGUACCGGCUCAGCAAGGCUUCAAUGAACCAAGGACGAUCCCGAACCAUCGUCCCUUGAUUCCCUCUUCGAAUGGGAUGUACCGUGAUCGUGAUGCAUUCGACACUGAUGUGGAGGGCAUCGAUGACUCAACCAUUGCAGGGACUAGUGUACUCGGACACGAUGAGGCUCAAUUGCAAGUUCCAACCAAUCAGCAUGUCCCGGAAAGCGAGACCUCUCCUAAGCCAUCAUUCUUGCCCAGGCCAUCUAGGUCUCGGCGCGGCCGACCAUCUUGGUUCGAAGGUCUUGGUGACAAAGCCAUGAAAAAAGCUGGAUUCGAUUCGGAUGAUGCCGAUGACACUUCGAGCCAUGCUACUUCUUUGAAUGCGGCAGAUAAUGAGAAGACCCAACCCCCUCGAGGUAGCUGGUAUCUGUCCCACAAGAACCGUGCGGCCGAGGAGCCUUUGAGCAAGCGUCUAGAAAAUUUCUGGUCCUCGAGUAAGAGGAUGUCCAGAUCGUUCGAACAUAUUGAUGCUGGCAAUAAACCAUCUGCUACUUUAAAUCCGAUCCCGGAGCCGCAGCCAAGGAAACUGGGCCAUAUGCUGCCUCCUGGACCAGCUAGAAAGGUUACAAUCCCGCCUAAUAUCUCGGCUACGCCACGGACUCGCUUCAGCCCUCCGAAGCCGUCUUUGUUAGAGCAGCUAGAUAUAUCACCAACUCGACAACCGUCGUCUGAAGCUCAAUCUCAAGCUGGGCGGACUUUAAGCAUCGACGCCUUCCACGAACACGAUGACAGUGAAGAGGAAGAAGAAGAAGGGCCCGGCAUGGAUGAGACGCUUCGUAUCAGCAGCAGACCAGAAAGCAACCAUUCCAUGAAUGCGUUUGGAAUAUCCCAUCUAUCGGACAUUGGUCACGGUGACAGGGAGAUGUCGCAAGAUCCAUUCAUCUCGCGCGAUUCCAGUACUCGAGGGCGGCGCAACACGGUUAUCCAUACGAAGAAGCGUACAUUCGAAGCCGAUUACCCUCCUCAAGUAAUCUACGAAAAAUCGUUUUCCGAACUCCAAGCCGAGCCUUUCGACAAGACCCCUACUCCAGCCCCUUCACCGGCUCAAUCUCCUUCAUUGCCACCCGAGCCGUCGGUGGUGCCGUCUUUCACCACCCCAGAUGAUGCAGUAUCUCAACUUCUGAGACUGGAAGGACAGGAGCGCGAAACAUUCCUUUCCCAUAUGUCUGUCGAUGAAUGGGAAGAUUGCGGAGACCACCUCAUUGAGCGAUUCACUCGUCUUCUCACCGAGAUGAAGACCUUGCGCCGAGCACGUCGUCGUACCGCUGCUGUAUUUGAAGCGGAGCUGAAACGUCGACACGAAAAAUUUGAAAACGAAAGUUCAGAGCUCGCCGUUAAGCUUGACGAGAUGAGAACUGGAGGCGCGGAGAUGUUACGUGGACGUAGAGGCGAAUGA